AAUCGAAAGAAAAGUCGCGUCCUUUGUUGGGAAACAUGAACAAUGGAAUCACCUUUUAUAUAUUUUAAGUGAUUAUAAUUGUGUUUUUAAUUACUCAUAAAAUGACGGGAACAAUAAUUGAAAACCUGAGUGGGCGAAAACUCGCCGUGUUAGUCACGUUUUUACUUUUGUGUCAAAUAACAUGUUUCUUGAUAGGAGGUUUGAUCGCACCCACACCAGCGAACACUCAAAAUAUUCUCGGAACAGUGUGUAAAGAUGCUAAUAAAGUGAAAAAUGAUACUUCGAAAUGGUAUUACAACCGUGGGAAAGGCUCCUGUGAGAUCAUCGACCUUGAUGAUAUGCAUCAUGAUUUAUCGGAGACGGACAUCGUGUUUGCGUUUCAAAUGCCGGUACCGCGGCAGAACCAAAUAUUAGACUUUUCUAGGUGGCAGCAAAACUUGAUUGGAGUAUUACAAAUGGACAUUCGAUAUCAUUCGCAAAUGGAGGUUCGUCCACGCAGCGAAGUUACUAUAGACGCGAGGUUAGCUUACCGGAACAAAGGCGAUCCUGAGGAUUCAUGGCAAUUGUAUACGCAAUCUAUUGAAAAACGGCAUUUGGACUGUGAAAUUGAAAUUAAAACCGAGAAAUAUUUGUAUAACUGUUCUGCUAUACCACUCUUUGAACUGGGUUCUUUAUUCCAUGACUUUUAUUUGCUAAAUGUACGGCUUCCAGUUGACACACCAGAGAUGAAUUCAAAUAUUGGUCAUAUACAAGACAUGUGGUUGACAGUGAUCAAUCAGAAUGGAGGCUUCACUAAAGUCUGGGUUUCAUUAAAAACAGCUUUCUUCCCAUGCAUCAUAGCCAUAUUGGCAUGGUUCUGGAGACGCAUAUACAUACUUGAAAGAAAGCCUGUGUUGCUAGAGAGAAUGCUAUUGAGUUUAGGGAUAGCACUAUGUGUAUUGAAUAUGCCUCUUGAGUAUUUUACCUUGCAUUUUGAUUUACCAUUUAUGUUACUCCUAGGUGACAUUAGGCAGGGGAUAUUCUAUGCUAUGCUGUUUUCGUUCUGGCUAGUUUUCGCUGGAGAACAUAUGCUCAUCCAAAACAAUCCAACACAAAGUUCUUUAAAGCAAUAUUGGAAACACUUGAGUGCAGUGGCUAUUGGUUGCAUUUCAUUAUUCAUUUUUGACAUGUGUGAGCGUGGAGUGCAACUGCGAAAUCCUUUUUACUCAAUAUGGGUAACUGACAUUGGUACAAAUUUGGCUCUGACUUUCAUAAUAUUAGCUGGUAUAUCUACUGGAGUUUAUUUUCUGUUUCUAUGCUACAUGAUUUGGCAAGUAUUCAUUAACAUCUCUCAUAAACGCCAAUCUUUGCCUACAAUGUGUUCAGUGCGCCGUUUACAUUAUGAAGGAAUCAUUUAUCGUUUCAAAUUUUUGAUGUUGGCAACUCUGUUAUGCGCCGCACUGACUGUAAUUGGAUUUAUAUUGGGUCAAGUAGCCGAAGGUCAAUGGAAAUGGGAUGAGAACAUUGAACUGGAAUACACUUCAGCAUUCUUUACAGGAGUUUAUGGAAUGUGGAACAUCUAUAUCUUUGCUUUGCUGAUUUUAUAUGCACCCAGUCAUAAACAUUGGCCUGUUGCUGAGAAUACUUCAGAUACUCAAAACUUAAGCGAGGAAAUAGAAUUUAGUCGCAUAUCUGGUGAAAGAACCAGCAGUGAAAUCUCAUCAUUGACAUCAUUUAUUCGCAAAACAACCAUUGAUUAAAUUAAGUGCAUGUGUAUUUAAAAUGUAGAUGCCUAUUGACAGGCUUGCCAUAAUUUAACUUUAAUUCUUUAUUAAUAAUAUACCCCAGUAAUUAUGUAAGAACUAUAAUCAUUUUGAAGUAACAUGACAGUAUAUAUUGUAUGUAAGUGAUAUGAUAACUAAUAAAAAUAUUGAAUAGAGAAGUGUACUCUAAAUAAGGAAUUCAUGUUGUUUGUGAAUAGACAUUAACAAAACAAGCAAAUAUAUAACCAAUUAAGUACUUAAUAAUUAUAAUGUUUAUUAUGAACACAUUUAAAAAUGAAUUAUACUUUUAUUUGUGAAUCACUGAUCUCUUUAUUCUGACUAAUAUAUAUAUAUAAAAUAUGUUUUUCUAAAACGUUGACUAGUAUUCUGAAGGAAAUGACUCAAGAUAUGCCUGAUUUGAAAACAGGUUGUGUGACCUUGGACCUUCCAGUUGUGUGCUUCCAAAUAUAAGUGGUGUUAGUCUGUAUUCUGAGUCAGGUAGUUACUGAUCAACUCUGUAGCCAAAAAUUGUUAUAAUUUCAAAUUUCUUUCUCAUACCUAUGUGAUAUAUAUUUUUUAAUUGCAUUUAUUUCACAGCAGUAUUGUUAGUCUUAUAAAUCCUGUAUUGCCAGCACAUUUUCCUUAGGUGCAAUUUUUAUAGUAUUUUGUAAUAUUACAUAAAUAGUAUUGUAGUUUUGUAACGUAUCCAUUGUAUUUGUACGCGGUUAGUUUGUAAGAAACAGAUAACUAUGAUAAUAAAAUUGAUUAAUUUU